AAAAAAGUCUAUUUGAAAUUAAAAUGGCGGAAAAGGUAAUGGAGGGUGAACGAAACGGUUGUGGAGGCGUCGCUGUGGAUGAUAUCCCGAAUGAGACACUGAAGAGAUGCUCCUCCGCCAGCCCCAGGUCGGCUCCCCCGCCCAAGUCUCCCCGCACCGACUCCCCUUCACCCACAGCUCAGACUUCAGAGUCGGGAGAAGUGAAUUCAGAGGCGGAAAAACCAGACAUGCAGACAGGAAUCUCAGAGCGAGCAGCCAGUCCGCCUGCACAGAGGAAAUCCUGGAGGAGAGCCACCAUCACCCGCCGGUCCCUCCCUUCUCUUCCCAACCCAUAUCAAGCAUUGUGCAAAAGCAUAAGUCCAUCCUUGUCACAACAAGAAAGGCUUGAGAAAUUGUUGGAGGCUUCAAUGAAGCUGGCAAUGGAAAGAACACGAGAUUCACUCCAGUCAGUGCCAAAAGCCUCCCUUGAUUCUUUUCAGAAACAGGUUGAGCACAUCCAAACAGAAUGUGGCUGCCUGGCCAAAAACAUACGCAGUGAACCACCACGACUCCUGUCAUGCUCAGCAAGUUCCAGUGAGACUACAGUAAAGAGGGCCAUGGAGAAUGUCCAGAGAGCCAUCAACAGGCUCCAGGCUGAGAGUGAAUCUUGGGAAGCACUGUUGAACAAACACCAGAGUAAAGCAGAGGAAUUAGAGGGGAAGGUUGAGAGGGGGCAGAAAAGUGGCAUAUCACUAAACUCUACAUGCAUUGCCCAAUCUUCACAGUAUGCUGUGAUACAGAGUAAACCAGAUUACCACAGUCUCCUCUCUCGGCAAAAACCCAUGUUGCAUUCUAUGGCAAUGAUUAUGGACACUCAGUGUAAGAUGAUAAGAGAGCUUCUUUCCAUCAAGGAUAAAUCACAUUUAGUGCUGAAGGAGACCAGUGGCCGAUUGGCUGAAGAGGCAGGAUUCCAGGAUAUUUCAUCAGACCCCCUCAGGAACCUCAUGUCAGCAAAUUUACCAACCACAGCUACAUAGUCAGUGAACGCUGACGUCUCUGUAUGAUGUAGAAAUCUGGAGUUUGUAUGUUUUUGUAUGUCUGUGUUUUUAAUAAUUUCACCUUUGACCCCAUGACAUUUUGUAUUGGUCAAGUUUUACACUUUCAUUUUAACCUAUGUGUUCAGAAGAGCUGUUUUUAAUCAGCAGCAGGUAAUUCAUGAUUUUGACCAGCAGGUGACAGUGGCUGGCUUUAUACAAAAUUGUGACUAGGUUGGUGCAUGAACUGAGUGGUUUUCUCUGUUAAGUGUUAAUUAAGAUUAUUCUCACCUGUAAAUCCUGGAACUGUGUAGAUUGAUAUUUAUAAAGGAACAGAUUAACAUUUCCCUAACUUUUCCCAACAUUUUGCAACAUAUAGUUUUUUGUUAUUUUUCUUUUCUCAUGAAAUAAAUGCUAAAAAUAAUAAAAAAACCAUUUCCUGAAAUAA